GCCGCCGCGCGCCUGGUCACGUGGGCCUCGGGGACCGCAUGGCGGCGGCCCGCGCGUCCCCGCGUCCCGGCCGGCCGAGUAGGCCGGGCGCGCGCGCCGACGGGGCGGGCGCAUGCGCAGGGGGGCGCGCCGCCUCUGCCCCGCGGCGAGGGUGUCUAUGGAGAGGCGGCGGCCGCGGCUGCUGAGGCAGAGGCUGAGGCAGUGGCGAUGGCGCCCUUCCCCGAAGAAGUGGACGUCUUCACCGCCCCGCACUGGCGGAUGAAGCAGCUGGUGGGGCUCUACUGCGACAAGCUUUCUAAAACGAACUUUUCCAACAACAAUGAUUUCCGUGCUCUUCUGCAGUCUUUGUAUGCUACUUUUAAGGAGUUCAAAAUGCAUGAGCAGAUCGAAAAUGAAUACAUUAUCGGGUUGCUUCAACAACGCAGCCAGACCAUUUAUAAUGUACAUUCUGACAAUAAACUCUCUGAGAUGCUUAGCCUCUUUGAAAAGGGACUGAAGAAUGUUAAGAAUGAAUGUGAGCAGUUAAAUUAUGCAAAACAGCUGAAAGAGAGAUUGGAGGCUUUUACAAGAGAUUUUCUUCCUCACAUGAAAGAGGAGGAGGAGGUUUUUCAGCCAAUGUUAAUGGAAUAUUUUACCUAUGAAGAGCUUAAGGAUAUUAAGAAGAAAGUGAUUGCACAGCACUGUUCUCAGAAGGACACUGCGGAACUCCUUAGAGGUCUUAGCCUGUGGAAUCAAGCUGAGGAGCGACAGAAGUUUUUUAAAUAUUCUGUGGAUGAAAAGUCAGAUAAAGAAGCGGAAGUGUCAGAGCAAUCCACAGGUAUAACCCAUCUUCCUCCUGAGGUAAUGCUGUCAAUUUUCAGUUAUCUUAAUCCUCAAGAAUUAUGUCGAUGCAGUCAAGUAAGCACUAAAUGGUCUCAGCUCGCAAAAACUGGAUCGCUUUGGAAACAUCUUUACCCUGUUCAUUGGGCUAGAGGUGACUGGUAUAGUGGUCCAGCAGCUGAACUUGAUACCGAACCUGACGAGGAAUGGGUGAAAAACAGAAAAGAUGAAAGUCGUGCUUUUCAGGAGUGGGAUGAGGACGCUGAUGUAGAUGAGUCUGAGGAGUCUGCCGAAGAAUCGAUUGCUAUCAGCAUUGCACAAAUGGAAAAACGUUUACUUCACGGCUUAAUUCACGAUGUUCUACCAUAUGUUGGUACUUCAGUAAAAACUAUAGUAUUAGCAUACAGCUCUGCAGUUUCCAGCAAGAUGGUUAGGCAAAUUUUAGAACUUUGUCCUAACUUGGAGCAUCUGGAUCUUACCCAGACUGACAUUUCAGAUUCUGCAUUUGACAGUUGGUCUUGGCUUGGUUGCUGCCAAAGUCUUCGGCAUCUUGACCUGUCUGGAUGUGAAAAAAUCACAGAUGUGGCUCUAGAGAAGAUUUCUAGAGCCCUUGGAAUUCUGACAUCUCAUCAGAGUGGCCUUUUGAAAACUUCUACGAGCAAAAUUACUUCGACUCCAUGGAAGAAUAAAGACAUUACCAUGCAGUCCACCAAGCAGUAUGCUUGUUUGCACGAUUUAACUAACAAAGGCAUCGGAGAAGACAUGGAUAACGAACACCCCUGGACUAAGCCUGUUUCUUCUGAAAAUUUCCCUUCUCCGUAUGUGUGGAUGUUAGAUGCUGAAGAUUUGGCUGAUAUUGAAGAUGCUGUAGAAUGGAGACACAGAAAUGUUGAAAGUCUCUGUGUAAUGGAAACAGCAUCCAACUUUAGUUGUUCCUCCUCUGCCUGUUACAGUCACGAUAUUGUGGGACUAAGGACUAGUGUCUGUUGGCAGCAGCAUGGCGCUUCCCCGGCCUUUGCAUAUUGCGGUCAUUCGUUUUGUUGUACAGGGACAGCUCUGAGAACUAUGUCAGCGCUCCCAGAGUCUUCUGCAUCGUGUAAAAAAGCAUCAAGGACUAGACUGCUCAGAGGAAAAGACUUAAUUUACUCUGGGAGUGAAAAAUCUGACCAAGAGACUGGACGUGUACUUCUGUUUCUCAGUCUGUCCGGAUGUUAUCAGAUCACAGAUCAUGGUCUCAGGGUUUUGACUCUGGGAGGAGGGCUGCCUUAUUUGGAGCACCUUAAUCUCUCUGGUUGUCUUACUGUAACUGGUGCAGGCUUGCAGGAUUUGGUCUCAGCAUGUCCUUCUCUAAACGAUGAAUACUUUUACUACUGUGACAACAUUAACGGUCCUCAUGCUGAUACCGCCAGCGGAUGCCAGAAUUUGCAGUGUGGUUUUCGAGCCUGCUGCCGCUCUGGCGAAUGACCCUUGACUCCUGAUCUUUGUCUACUUCAUUUAGCUGAGCAGGCUUCCUUUCAUGCACUUUACUUAUAGCACAUUUCUUGUGUUAACCAUCCCUUUUUGAGUGUGACUUGUUUUGGCCCCAUGUCUUACAGCCUCAGAAAUCUUAACUUACCAGUGAAUUGUACAGUGUUGUUUCUCUUGCAAUCAUAUUUUUGUUUUAGAAAGGGAUUAGAUCUUUUCAUAAGGGUGAGAACAGUUUUAUUGGUUUUCUUUUAAAUGGAAUGCUUUGAAAAGAAUGUCACUAAUGCCAUGCCAUUUGGAGUAUUUUUUAGAUUAAUUUGAGUUUUAAAGUCAAUGGGGGUUAUUGGUUCUCUUUAUAUAUAAACACUGUACGAAGCUUUGCAGAUCCUUUCAAACAUACAUUUCUGAAGUUUUAUUUUCAAAGAUAGCACAUUUUGAAAACCAGUCUUUUUUUCCCCAUGUUUCCUUUAUUUGAACAAUUCUCAGAGGGCCAAUUCAAACAUACCCAUAUAUAAGGUUCCUUAAGAUAGUAGAAUAAAUUGGCUUCUUGGUGUUAGCUCAGUGAGCUAGCAAAGCACCAAUGUAUUUGUAUUUGCUUUCUUCAGAUACUCCUGGUUCCUACCACUGUCCCUAAAUUGUCAAAUUUGGAAGGGAUUUUUAAAAAUUCCACAAUCCUUUGAAGAAAUGUAUCAAUAAAAUUUACUUUGAGGACUUUA